UUCGAAAGCUCGAGUCUCGAACAGCAUCGCAGUAGCAAAAAGUUAUCCCUAGCCAGUGGCCCUUGUAAUCGACCAGAGCACUGAGCGGGAAAUCUCGUGUGAAAUCUGCUUUAGGCAUGGUAAUUCUUUUUUAGGAUGAGACCAACACGCCUCCAUUCCGCGUUAGGCCUGCUCCUCCGGCCUCAGAUCACGGCUCCCGGCCUCAGGUUGCAGACGCGAUUGGCAUCCAAGGAUACACAGCUUCCUCUGGUCCCUUCCACUCUCCCGUUCGUCCCCGACGUCGAGACCUUUCUGACAUUGAUUGGUCGGGGGUUGCGGCAACAUGCCCCCAAAUUCCCCUCGUGGGAAGCACUCUUCUCUCUGACAUCCGAUCAACUGAGGGAACUCGGCGUUGAGCCACCACGGACGCGACGAUACCUACUGAAAUGGAGGCAGAGGUUCAGGGAGGGGAAGUUUGGGGUUGGCGGUGACAUCCAACACGUGGACAACGGCACUGCGCAACUCAAGGUGCUCGAGGUCGAGAAGGAUCCUCUUACCCGCCUAAAAUACGUCGUCAACGUACCCGCGGGACAGAAUGUGGAGGAUAUUCCGCAGGACGAGCUGGUCCGGGUUUCUGGUUACCACAUCAAGGGCGCCCGAACGAUUGUCGGUCCUUAUGCUCUGCCAACGGCAGAAGGUGGUGCCCGAGUUGCCGUCACGGAGGGCAUGUGGGAGGACAGGAGAGGCCACAAGGUCGACGGAGGUGAACGACGACGGGCCGAGGUGCGAUUCAAGAGGCGCAUCGCAGAACGGAAAGCGAUGAGGGAGAAACAGGGCUUCCAUUAAGGGGGGAGGAGAUAUGCUGCCAAAGACAACCAGUCCUCUUGUUCGGGGAGCAGUGUCUUGAGAAGCAGGGAAGAAGAAUGUUAGACUGUAAGCUACUUGUAAAUAUUGCAUAUGUACAGUAAGAUAUCCAUCCUACGUUCUCUCAUGGUGCAUGCCUCUCCCUCAGAGCAUGCAGA